CGUCUACCUAUCGUCUAUCGAGCGCGAGAUCGGCUGAGCUGGCGGCCGGAACCGUCUGCACGACAUUAACCAACAAAACUUUCGAUUAUCGGAGACUAGAUAUUUUUAGCGCCAGCAAGCUUAGGAAUGAGAAAAAAAAAAAUCAGCAAACACCUGAUUUGUUGGUCAAUCUAUCUCUAGGGACAAUCCUAGGUAAUACAUCUUGGCCUAGGUAAUAGGUAAUAAACCACGGGAAAAAAAGGAAGAAGUGGAAGGCGUGGUUAGGUAACGUCAUCCGGCACAUCGUCAGCAUAUCGCGACGAUGGCGCUCUUGGGCCUGUCGCUAGUUUUGGCUUCGGUGAUUUACGCAGCUAUCUGGAGGCCGCCUUUCAUCCAAUCUCUUCUAUCGAUAUGGCGCGGCGACCCUCAGAUUCAACAACCGCCAACGACGCGCCGUCCCUCUCCAGCGGAUAUAACGGUAGAGCAUGAGGAAGAGGAAGAUCAGUCGGCCGCUACGACGACAACUGGUCGCCAUACACCGUCGACUGCGACAACCCAAAGAUCCGCUGCGGUUGCUGCUGCUGACAGGGCAGCCAUGCCUCCACCUCCUAAGCUCGUAAUGCAUCAACCGAAGGAAACCGCAACGAAUUCGCAAACCGAGUCCUCGCCAUCACCGCAGACGACUCCCAGAGCCACAGCUUCAGCCCAGCUUAACGGCGAUAGCAUACCCUCGUUCUCCCUCUCGCCCGACCCUCCUGCUUCCGCAGCCGCCAUCGCCCGCGCCGUAGAAGCUAAUACCUCGCCCUCCGCCCUACCUACUUUCUCCGCGCCCUCCCCUCCUCCCGAACCACUCGCGCCAGCAAAAACCUCCAUGGCACCACCCCCUCGUCCUCCAACCCUCAAUAACACCGGGCCCUCCCUCCUAGGCGUGCCUCCCCGUGCCCCUAUCCCUAACCGGCACCAAUACGACCGGCAACCCGGAACCUCCACCCUCGCGCCGCCUCCCACGCACUCCUCGAAGCCCGCCAAGCCCUCUCGCAAAGUAACCCUCUCCCCAGGCCGCAGCCCGCUAGACUGGGCGCGUUUAUCCGCCAACCCAUCUGCAGACCUGCGCAACCUCGGCCCCGGGGCGCCGUACCUACGAGUGCCGCCGAGUCUGUUGCGGCGACAGACGGGACGCAAGGGCAAGGACGCGUGGACGGCGCUAGGCGGGCGCGUGUACAACAUCACUCCGUAUCUACCGUUCCAUCCGGGUGGUGAGCCCGAGUUAUUACGCGCGGCGGGGCGCGACGGGACGAAAUUGUUCGGAGAGAUACACCCUUGGGUUAACUACGAGACGAUGCUGUCGAGUUGCCUGAUCGGGCUGCUGGUUGAGGAGCACGAGGCGCAGAGUACGGGGGAGAUGGAAGCCAUGGACUGAUCGUCUAUAUCUUCUAGAUAUGGAGAAGCUAGAAUUAUAAAUUACUUUGUAGAACUAGAGAACGGUGGUAUAAAGACUGGAGAACGGUAUAGCAUAGCAUAGCAUUGAUUGUAUAUUACUACAGUAGAACGGUGGGCAAUUGGGCAACAGCA